CAGACCUUAAGUCCGAUAUGUGGCGCCACACUCGAUGUGCUCCGAAAUUACGGAAAUGUACACACAUUUUUUAUUUACAGAUACUACCAGUUUAAGGGACUCUCAAGCAAAACAUGACACAUCAAAUGAUGAUAUAUAGCUUUACAACUUUGAUAAUUUUGAUAUGCAUAAUUACCGCACAAUCUCAAGAUGUUCCUAUUCUGCAUCCACUAUCCAUACCAUUGGACCUUGGAUUAGGCGAUACCCUUGACAUUGCGUGCAACUUAAAAAGAGGCACUAUUCCUGUUAUUUUUGAAUGGAAUUUCAAUGGUUUACAACCCGAUAAAAAAUUGGGUGUACAAAUUAACACAUCACAAAAGCGAUCUAAUUAUAUCAUUGAUAGUAUAUCUGCAUCUGAUGUGGGGAAUUACACAUGUACUGUUUCUAAUGAAGAUGGAUCACAUACAGUUAGUGCAACACUGCAUGUGGAAGUGCCACCGCAUUGGUCCAAAGAACCUAUGGAUACCACAGCUGCUAAAGGAUCAGGAUUGGUUGUAGACUGUAUUGCCACAGGUCAUCCAUCUCCCAGAGUCUCCUGGAGUAGGCAAAAAGGUGCAGAAAUGAGAGAGCAGAUUCGAAACGAGGGUCAAUGGACAACUGCGUCUAACGGCUCGAUUGUUUUCUCUAGAAUAGAAGAAUCAGAUGCUGGGACAUAUGUAUGUGAAGCUCACAAUGGUAUAGGAUCCGGGACUUCCAAAACUAUUCAAAUCAGUGUGCACUCACCUCCAGAGUUGAAAGAGAGAUUUCAAAGAGUAACUGUAAGAAGAGGACAUACAGCUCGCCUUUUGUGUGAAGUAAAUGGAGAUCAACCGCUUCAUGUUUCAUGGAAAAAAGAUAACCAAGAUGUCAAUAUACAAUUUGGCACAAGAUUUGAAGUCGUGAAAGAUGCAACAGAUUACGGUACAAAAUCGGAAUUGCUGGUUCACGAUUCUCAGAAAGCUGACGUUGGAACUUAUGUGUGCAACGCUCAUAAUCAAUUUGGUAACGAUGAAGGAAAAGUGAAACUCAUAGUUCUAGAACCUCCAUCUCCACCGACUGGUCUUCGAACAUCUGAAGUUCAAGUUCGAUCGAUUCGAUUGUCUUGGCAACCAUCAUCUUCUGAUGAAGGGAUAGUUGAAAAUUAUGUCGUCAGAUAUUGGAGAAAUGAUGAAAAAAGAGGCAAGCUUCAUCAAGUUACACUGCCAGCUGUUCAAACAUCUGUCACAGUUCCCAAUUUACAUCCAGGGACGUCGUACAGUGUCCAAGUGUUUGCUCAAAAUAACGUUGGUCAAGGAGAUCCUUCGCAGCCUAUAACAUUUCGAACUAUAGAAGAAGCUCCUGAUGGAGCUCCACUUGAUCUAAGAGUUGAACCUGUGAGCUCAAAAGCCAUUCGAGUUUCAUGGAAACCUCCCCAACGCCAUCACUGGAACGGUCCCCUCCGAGGUUAUUACGUUGGAAAUAAAGUUGCUCAUUCUGGUUCAUCGUUCACAUACCAGACAGUGGAAACAACAGAUAGGAGAGGGGGAUCGCUCCUCAUCCAGGGCCUCCAAAAAGCCACCACCUAUAUCAUUGUUGUAAAAGCUUUCAAUGCAGCUGGCUCUGGACCCCCGACGCAUGAACUGCAAAUCACUACUCUGGAAGAAGAUCCACCCUCUCCACCAAUUGUGGGGGUAGCUGAUGUCACAUCAUCUAGUGUUGGAAUACAUUGGAAUAUAGGAAGUGACAAACAGCCAUCUGUUGUCCAGUAUCUUUUGGAGUUUCGAGAAGAAGGUGAAGAGUGGGAUCAUAUUCAUUUACCAGGAGAUAGAAGUUCAUUUUAUUUGACAGGACUCAAAGGCUCAACCAGAUAUGAGCUGAGAUUAGCUGCAUACAAUGUAUUCGGUCGGGGAGAAUUUUCACCCACUAUAGAUUUCACUACAGGCCUUGCUGAAAUAUCAGUCCCCUUCUCAGCAACACACAUCAACACUCCUUUCUAUUUUAGACCUUACUUUGUCAUUCCUGUAGCUGCAUCAGUUGUAGUCAUAGUUACAACAGUCGUUAUAGCUUGGGUCUGUUACAAAAGAAUGACUCUCAGACAAGACAGAUUACUUGCUGCGUGUCAGCCGUUAGAUUGUCGACUUAUGCAAGCUAGGAUACCGCUACAAGGUACAGCUCCAGGUGCUUUCUGUGAUCCUGUCGCUAGGCCACCAUCAUAUACACCGCCUAUGGGUGCAAGGCACCCUGUAGGAAUACCUGACGAUGACGAUGCAUAUGAUGCCCCUUGGGACACAGCCAAUCCUGGAGUACCCGCAAAUGCUCAAGCUGGAAGUUAUACUCGCUUGAAAAGUCAAAUGCCCAAUCCAGGUGGUGCAAUAGUCAUUGGUCACCAAAGUGGAGCAAGUCGUUAGUCACGAAGAAACCUUUCCUUUCGAAAGAUUUUAUACAUAAUUCCAACGUAUUUCCUAGUUUCUCGAAUGAUAUCGGAAACAGUAGGCAAAAAAUUUGUGUUCACGAUUUCGAAUUUUCUAUAACAAUUCUAUGCAAAGGAAUGCCUCCAAGUGGUCAUUAUUUUUUCCAUUUGUUCCUGUGAGAUGUUUUUUUGUAUUGUUGUUGACGAUUUAAGCCAAAUGUUGUCAUUGAUUGUUGUAGUGUUCAUCAUAGCUUUUGUUAGAGAACUCGAAAUGAAAGUUCUCUUGAAAUAAACUGCUAUCCUGUUAAAUUUCAUAGGCCAACUGUUAAAGAUCCAAAAUGUGUUCAAUGCUUUCUCAAAGUUCAUUUAUUGCAUUAUUUACAAACAAUGAAUAUAAUGAAAGUAAAAAGGUGCAAUUUUUUCAAAACAAACUUUACUACAAAAAUAAUUCACGUCAGAAUAAUACAUCAACGUCAGAUAUGGUAAUAACCAGCAUUAUUCUAUCGGAUAAUCGUUCUCCAGGGACAAAUAUGUUAGCAAUUCUUCAUUAUUAAGUUAAUUUUUAAAAAGAGAAAGUGACUUUUUUUAUAAUGAUCUUGAUGAUUCCCAAAAACUUUGUGUAGAUCAGAAAAUCAUCAGGUGUCCAAAGGAAUUUAAGUCUUGUGAGAAAAAAUAAAUAUUCGUGAAGAACUUCCGAUAACAGUUAAAGCAUGUCAAGAAUCCAAUCCUAAUUGCUGCACGUUAAGCAUAUCAGAAGAAUCCUUUACAUUGAAUAACAAAACAUUAAAUAACACAAAUCCCCCAUGCAGAAAAAGUAUAAAACACUGGGAAUCGACAAGCAAUUAUGUUCAAUUGAUCGAAUAAUUCAACUGAUACAGGUUGAGAUAUAAUGUAAUGAUUCAGCUAAUAAACAUAAUGAAUUUUGUUCUGACGUGUUAUCUUUUUGUAAUAAAGCUUCCUUUUGUAAAGAGUAGGCAAAAUUUACUUUCGUAACAUUCCACUUAAAUCAAAAUUAAAACUAUCUAAUUAUCAAAAUGCAUUGUUUAAAUUUGUUGAAAUACACCAACCGAAAGUACUUCUGAUAUUAUCAUUUAGGAAAUAACGUCUAUCUGGUUAACUUUUAUCGAUUGAUUUCGAAGCUGAUUAAUCCAUCAUUAUAAUACUCUCAUAACCUCGGUCUGAUUUAAAACGGAUUUGAAUGUAUCACACUGCUAAUAAAUUAUAACUAAUUUAUCAUACAGGUUGUACGAAUGUUUUGGUUGAGAUUUUAAUCAAAGUGCAUUUUGAAUAUAUCUUAGAGCACUUAUAAGGGAUUGUAGCACCAUUUUCGCAAAUUAUGUGAUGUCUCCUUUUUCUACAUUUAUUAGGAUUAAGAAAAUUCUUUCUAAAAUUUUAAGACAAAAAAUAGAUUAGUAAAUAAUACAUAGGGAAACAAUGAACUUUGCGACUUAAAUAAAGUUAUGAGAAAACUUUCGACUUUCCCCUAUGUGAUGAAAAAAAAGUUAUCAGGGCUUUUCUGGCAUGACUACAUUAAUCUUUAGCAUGUUGCUCAUAUUUGAACUUUAAAAUCCAUUCCUUACUAAUGAUGAACACUUACUUAAAUGUUUUUGGCAAGCCAUGAAGUAUAAAGUAUAAUAAUACCAGCAGGUAUAGAACAACUAAGUUUUAAAAAAAGGGGGGAGAAAUUUUUACUCUUAAUUAUGAGACUUUCCAAAACCUUUUUUUUUUUUCAAAGAAUCUGGAUCCAAAUUUAAGAUACACUAAAAAAAUUCAUUGUUAAAGUAAAAUUAUCUAAUCUCUUAUGCAUACCAUUUUGUACAAAAAUGCAACAAAUUCAGAUUGCUAAUUAUUCAAUCAAAAUGAAUGAUUAGUGCUGCAAUCAUUCUUCAUUUUGAAAGAAUUAUCAGACCUUAAACAAAGAUUCGAAUAAAAUAAAAGUGAUAAGACAUGUUUCAUGCAUCUGGUGAGUUUAGACUGAUAUACAGUUGUUCAUAAUCUCUUAUGGCCUUUUCCUUGAUCCGAAUAACAAUAUACAUUGGAGUUAAGCUAUAGCUCCAAGAUGAAUAAAUAUAAUACAUUUUUAUCCAAGACAAUUUAAGCUGUUAAGUAUUGUAACCUGCAUUUAAAAGCAUUGUAAAAGCUGCAACAUCUUGUAAGACAAAUAAAAUUUUAAAUUGUGUAAUUAAAUUUAAUAAAAAUUAAAGCACUGAUUA